CUCGUCCAUCACAACCUCCAUCCCUCCAUGCUAGAUCAGUCUUUUUCUUUUCGUAUUAACACCUGAUCCUUGUCGUGGUGCUAUUUUUCCUCGCUUACACCCCACCAUCAGCUGCCAUCAAUCAUCUCGGAAGGUCUUAUCCGGUGUUUAAUUUCCUCUCGCCACCAACCACAACAAGACUCCGUUCCAAGCCACAAACAAUCCCCAAAAGUCCACAUCCGAAUCCCUCCAUUUCUCUUGUCAUCCCACCGUGCACAGAAUCACGACACAAGUACCACUGUAGAUCCAAAAAGACGCCACUUCAUGUCCUUAGCCCAGCAUGUCUCGGCUGUCGAAGGCGUUGACCAAGAUUUUGCUGAUGACAUAGCAAGCUUACGACUUUCCCGACAACCGAGCUUGCAAAUCAACUAUGAUCCCAUCCCACCUGGCCUGGGAUCAGGAUUGAAUCAAGAGGCUGUAGUCGAGAAACUCGAAAACCUCCCGGCAUAUGAAGUAUCUACGGGGCUACGAAUAGCUCAAAUCUUUGUGGGCGUCUUAUCAUGUGUGCUAGCAGCCGGCAUCGUCUUUGGCUUUGAUGCUUUGAAGACCAUUCUUGUCGAAGAAGGGGUCUAUCGAGAGUAUUGUACCGAUGAGGAGCUGCGGAAAAACUUUCGCUUGUGCUACAUGCAAGACCAGAAACUCAACCUCACUUUCAUCAUCGCCUCCGUCACAGCAAACAUCUCCGCCCUGCUGGUCGGCGGCAUUCUCGAUCGCUAUGGCCCCAGGGUCUGUGGCAUAGCUAGCUCCGUCUUCCUCAUGCUGGGAGCCAUCCUAAUGGCCUUUGCGAAAGAGUGUCCCUUCGACCCGUAUCCGGCUGGGAGCUUCCUUCUCUCCCUCGGUGGAACCUUCACCUUCGUGCCAUCCUUUCACCUGGCCAACGCCUUCCCUCGCUUCCAAGGUCUUAUCCUCGCUCUCGUGACGGGUGCGUUUGACGCCUCGGCCUCGGUAUUUCUCAUCUUCCGACUCAUCUACCAGAAGACACACCGCGCGUUCGGCCCUCGUCAGAUCUUUCUGGUCUACCUCGUCGUUCCUAUCUUCAUCCUCAUCACCCAGCUCACGAUAAUGCCGACCAAAAGCUAUGAAACCCGCGGCGAGCUUGCCGAAGAUCUCGGAAAGGCAAACGACGCCACCCAAGACGUCCACGACUCCGACGACGAACUUGACACGGCCAUGGAAAUCAUGCGCGUGCGCUCCGAGCGUGCCAUGCGCCGCCGGCAGUCCAUCACUUCCAUCAAUGAACUCCUCGGCACACAAGCCCAGCAAGACAAGUAUGAGCAGAAAGAAGACCAGAUCCGCGUCAACAGUGGCGUCUGGGGCGUCUUGCACGGUGUCCCGGCGUCGAAGCAGCUCCGCACACCUUGGUUCAUUCUUAUUACACUCUUCACCAUCUUACAAAUGGCACGCUUCAAUUUCUUUAUCGCGACGAUAUACUCGCAAUACGUGUACAUGUUGAAUUCCAAAGAAGCGGCCAUCAAGGUCAUUGAGUUCUUUGACCUGGCGUUGCCGAUAGGCGGUCUUGUCACUGUCCCAUUCAUUGGCGCCUUACUGGACCAUACGAGUACGGUUGCCGUCCUGAAUCUGUUGGUCCUACUGAGUACAAUCAUCGGCGUCCUGGGUGCUGUACCAACAUACUGGGCGGCCUACGCGAAUGUCACUUUGUUCUGCUUGUUCAGACCGCUAUAUUACUCGGCCAUGUCUGAUUACGCGGCCAAAGUAUUCGGCUACGCGACCUUCGGCACCGUCUACGGUGCAAUCAUCUGCCUCUCCGGCCUCUUCACAUUCACCCAGUCGGGCCUGCAAGCCCUUUUGCACAAUGAAUUCGGCGACGACCCGGAACCCAUCAACCUGGGCCUCGCCACCGCCGGCCUAGUCCUGGGCGUCGCACUGGUCAUGUACGUCGAUAUCCAGGGCCGCGCGAUGCAACGGGAGCGCGCGAUCGCAGCCAUGAGCGAUGAACGCCGCCCGCUCUUACAGCAGCGCAGUAUAAGAAGCAACCGGCCCAUGACUGCGGAUGCAGGCACCUUCAGCGCGGCCGGGAGUUUGAGAGUGCCCAAGAUCUCCCGCAACGGUGGUGCUGACGACGGCGGCGGUAUGGGAUUCGGCACCAGCCCCGGCCGGGGCCAAAUGCAGGAGGAGGAUCUCGAAAGACAACACAGUCUCAUGUCCAGGACGAGUAGGCAGGGCUUGAACAGGGCGUUGUCCACCGUCCAGGAGGCCCGCGAGCUGGAGACGGGUGAGGUGCAAGAGCGGCAGCGGCAAUUGUAUUCCGCCGAUGGUGGUGCCUGAGUACGUAGUACUCCGUGGCAGAUACCUACUUUGUGCCUGGCAGGAGUUUUGCCUUGCUUUGACUCGAUGUCUUGGACGCUUGAUGCCUGUUGGACGGUUUAUGCCGUCGUUGCCGCUGAGCGUUUGGCGUGUAUCAGUUGUCCCUACGCUGAACGAUUUGGCUUUUGGCCUUUGGCUUGAGCGUCCCAGAAUUCGGUGGGGUGUUUCUCUUUGACAGCGUCACGGAGCGGGCAUGCCUCUUGAGCAGGGCAGUAGGCAAUUACUUAGGUCUACCCAUCAUCUAUGUAUUUCGACAACGCAGGUGAAAAAGUUCCAAAUCA